AUGUUGGCGAUGGCAAUGGGCAUGGCGCGUAUCUUUGGGUGCAACGCAUCGGCCACAGCACGAGUCACGGCUCAAUAUGAAAAUGCAUACUCUAUUUCGCGUCGCUGGGCUUCAAAGAAAGCUGGUGGUUCAACGAAAAAUGGUCGUGACUCGCAGUCCAAGCGUCUGGGAGUCAAGAAGUUUGGAGGACAAAGCGUAAUAGCUGGCAAUAUUAUCAUCCGGCAACGCGGUACCAAGUACCACGUAGGUACUGGUGUGGGUAUUGGUAAGGACCAUACAAUUUUUGCCACACGUGACGGCUUUGUGCGUUUUUGGUACAACACGCCUAAGAAACGCCAGGAAGUGUCGGUCAAGAGCCAUUGUGAGGUGCAGCGUGCAGUGGCCCAGAACAGUGCUUAG